CAGUAAUUCAUCAAAAUGAUGAACACAAAGGGAAAGAGGAGGGGCACCUGCUACAUGUUCUCGAGGCCUUUUAGGAAACAUGGAGUUGUUCCUUUGGCCACAUACAUGCGAAUCUGUAAGAAAGGUGAUAUUGUAGACAUCAAGGGAACUGGUACUGUUCAAAAAGGAAUGCCCCACAAAUGUUACCAUGGCAAAACUGGAAGAGUCUACAAUGUUACCCAGCAUGCUGUUGGCAUUAUUGUAAACAAACAAGUUAAGGGCAAGAUUCUUGCCAAGAGAAUUAAUGUGCGUGUUGAGCAUACUAAACGAGUGAGGGAAAAUGAUUACAAAAAGAAGGAAGCCAAAGAGAAAGGUACAUGGGUUCAGCUGAAGCGCCAGCCUGCUCCACCCAGAGAAGCCCACUUUGUGAGAACCAAUGGAAAGGAGCCUGAACUGUUGGAACCCAUUCCUUAAGAAUUCAUGGCAUGAAAGGUGUAAAGAAAAUAA